AUGGCACCACCUAGGAUGAAGAACCUACAACAACCGGGUCCGCAACUACCCCCACACUUCUUGAAAGAGCUAGGUGUGCCAGAGUCGCAGGGAAAGCAAGGACGCGAUAAACGACACUCCCUGUCAAGGAAAGACCAGCGCAAGGCCGACAGACGACAGAAGAGAGACCAUCAGAUCACUGCGUCUCAAACCUAUGCCGAGCGCGCAAAUCCAAAACAAUACGCCAAAAUUAGUUCUUUAGGGAGAGCCACUAAGGUGGCGACGUCCCCUGCCGUGACAGUUAAAAAACCCGAAAGUUGGCCAACCUCGAAACAGAGAAUACCUGAUCUCGAAGAGGACAGUGAAGACAAUAUCGAUCUCGAAGAGGACGACGACGACGACGACGAGGAAGAUAUUUCUUCUUACGAGGUGUCUGACGAGGAGGAGGCGCCCCCAAUUUCCUCAAAACCAGAUCUACCAAAGCACGUGAAGGAGCGCCUCGCAGAAGACGACGCCGAGAUUGCGGCACUGGAGAGGAAGCUUGGGCUGAAGGGGCGAAAAUCACUGCCAAAAUCCUUCCAAGAAGAUGGGCUCACUGAGCUCUUGGGUGAAUUGGGUGAAUUUGACGGGGACGACAAUGAAGAAGCCUCGCAACGGAAGAAACGCAAGGCAGAAGUAGACGAUUGGCUGUCCCAGAAACGAAGAAAGGCGAUUGCGGAGCAAGCUUUGGAACACUGUCAAAAGACCGACUUUGAAGGGAGCGACGACGAGUUUGAAGGUUCCGAUUCUGACGAGAACGCCGACUCGGAUGAUGUGGGCCUGGAUGAUGCGUUGGAUCUUGGGUCUGGAGGCGAUGACGAAGACGAUAUGAGCGAUGUCAGCUACCACAGUGGCGAAGACGGCGAUUCUGAAGAGCUUGGAGCGGACCAUGUGCCUGCCGAGAAGGUACAACGAGUGCGCGAGAACCCAUAUGUUGCUCCUACAGUGGCACGAGAUAUUGUCAAAUACGUGACUCCUUCUCUUCGGCAGGAGUCGGGAUCAGACGCAGAGUUGACAGCACGUAUCCGCCGGCAGACACAAGGUCUCGUCAAUCGAAUAACAGAAACCAGCAUGCUAAGUAUUCUUGGCGACAUUGAGAAGCUCUAUAGGGAGCAUCCUCGACAGCACGUCUCGUCCACCCUGGUAGACCUGCUUCUGAUUCAAGUCUGCGAUCCAGCAAACUUGCCGGAUACGCUCCUAAUCCUUACCUCGGGCUUUGCUACUGCCGCCUGCAAAGUAGUCGGCAUGGACUUCGGGGCCCAGCUAAUUCAGGAAGUCGUCGAGCGCUUCGACAGGUUCUACGAAGAGGCAGCAGCUUUAGCUGCGACUGGGCGACCCGAUGUGCCGAAACAGACAUCAAACCUGAUCACUUUCCUUUCAAAGCUCUACAGCUUCCAGGCGAUAGGCCCGAACCUAUUGUUUGACUACAUUCGCAUGCUCUUGGGUAAUCUGUCGGAGCUCAAUGCGGAGCUCUUACUGCGUAUUAUUCGCAUGUGCGGUUCUUCUCUUCGGCAAGAUGACCCGAUGGCUUUGAAGGAUAUCAUCUCUUUGAUUCGCCCGGCCGUUUCGAGAAUUGGCGAACAGAGCAUCAGCGUCAGGACAAAAUUCAUGAUCGAGACGAUCAAUGACUUGAAAAACAACAAGAUGAAGGCGGGAGUCGGUGCGUCGGCAGUAGUCUCUGAGCACACCACCCGCAUGAAAAAGAUCCUUGGCUCCCUAAAUUCGAGGAAACUUAAGUCGACCGAGCCUUUAAGGAUGGGUCUGAAAGACAUUCAGCAAUCUGACAAAAAAGGAAAGUGGUGGCUUGUGGGUGCAAGCUGGGCUGGCCCACAUGCGGGUGGUCAACCGGAGAAGACAGAGCAGAGCCACGACAACGACGACGACGACGACGACGACGAGAGCCUCCUCCUCAGCGACGCUGAGCAGGGGCCAGACCUUGCCGAACUUGCGAGAGAGCAAAUGAUGAACACAGAUGUUCGGCGGUCAAUUUUUGUUGCCAUUUUGUCGGCUACUGAUUAUGAGGACGCCUACUUACGUAUCCUCAAACUUCGACUCAACAAGGAGCGCCAGCGGGAGGUCCCCAAUGUCAUAAUGCAAUGCUCUGGGGCAGAGCAGCAAUACAACCCGUAUUAUACAUUGGUCGCCAAAAAGCUUUGCUCAGACCGCAAGGUCAGGUGGUCGUUCCAAGACAGUCUUUGGAGGCUGUUUAGGAGACUGGGGGAAUCUAUCUUCGGCGACGACGCAGAAGACGUGGACGAGAAUGAAGCGGCCGACACGCGACGUCUCGUAAAUAUUGCCAAGAUGUUCGGAUCCCUGGUUGCAAGCGGAGCGCUGGGGCUACCUGUCCUCAAAUGCCUUAACCUUCCGUACCUGCAGUCAAAUACGCGGGCAUUUGUCGAGAUCAUGCUUAUCGCCACCCUCUUAGAGUGUCAGACGAGCGAAACACCGAGAGACGCGAUAGCUGCAGCCUUCAAGACAGCCGAGACAGCCCCUCCGCUGGCCAGGGGACUCCAGUGGUUUAUGAAAAAAGUAAUCCGGAAAUCCGACUUGGCCGGGAGCAAAGAAAACGCCGAACAUGUCAAGGAGGCGUGCAAGAUAGCGGAAUCCGUCUUGGAGGCUGUUCUCUCUUCGACACAAGACCAACUAGAGUAG